AUGUCUUUGUGCAGACAGAACUAUCAUGAAGAGUGUGAAGCUGGUGUUAAUAAGCAAAUUAACAUGGAGCUGUACGCAAGCUAUGUUUAUAUGACUAUGGCUUUUCAUUUUAAUCGUGAUGAUGUUGCGCUGAACGGUUUUUAUAAAUUUUUCUUAAACGAGUCGGAAGAGGAGCGACAACAUGCCAUUAAGUUAAUGACUUAUCAAAACAUGCGGGGUGGUCGGAUUGUGUUACAAAAUAUAUCGGCACCUCCUCAACUUUCAUGGGAUUCGGGACUCCAUGCUAUGCAGGAUGCUCUUGAUUUAGAAAAAAAGGUCAAUCAGAGUCUGAUGGAUUUACUGGCUGUUGGUGAAAGACACAGAGAUACGCACUUUUGCGAAUUUAUCAACAAUGAAUAUUUGGAGACUCAGGUACAGUCUAUUAAAAAGCUUUCCGAUUACAUUACUAAUCUCAAUCGUGUGGGUACUGGUCUUGGAGAAUACACAUUCGACAAAGAAACUCUACAUGGCGAGAGUCAAUGA